AUGAGCAACAUGACAACGGAUGGAGUUGCCACAAUUGCAGUGAUUUUUGCUCUUGUGGUUGGUGUGGAGAUUGUCAUAGGACUUGUUGGAAAUGGCAUUGCUUUGGGCAUCUUUUGCUCCUACAGGAAUCUCUGGUCAUCAAGCACCGUGUAUUUAUUCAGCUUGAUCAUUGCUGAUUUCUUCCUGAUAAUCAACUUGCCAUUUCGUAUCCACUACUACACGCAUAAUGAAGUCUGGGUCUUCACAGAGACAUUGUGCGGGGUCAACCUAUUCAUGUUGUCAGUGAACAGGACAGCAAGCAUUGUAUUUCUCACUGCCAUUGCAAUGGAUCGCUACUUCAAAGUGGUUCAUCCUCACCACCAACUGAGUAAAAUAUCAACAUCCUGUGCUGCAAAAGUAGCAAUUGCACUUUGGAUCAUAGUUAUACUGAUGAACGGCCAUGUCUUUACCUUGGAUUAUAGUCAGAGUAAGAACAGUUCAUGUCAAAGUUAUAACCCUCGUUUUGAACCACGAGCAGCAGCCACGUGGCAUGCAAUAUUAUUUUUUCUUGAAUUUUUUCUGCCUUUAGGCAUCAUCAUGUUCUGUAUUUUCAACAUUAUCUUGAAGCUAAAGCAGAGGAAAUUGGCUAAAAGGAACAAGGUCCAAAGAUCUGUGAAAGUGCUGAUAGUCAUUGUUUUGGUAUAUAUCGUCUGCUUCUUGCCUAGUAUUUUAAUUGCUACAGUUGGGGUGGUUAUUAUAAAAGUGGCCUCUAAACAUAUUGGCACUGUUGGCAAGUUAUUACAUGCCUCAUUUGCCUUUACAUACCUAAACAGUGCACUUGAUCCAGUUCUGUAUUGCUUUUCAAGCCAAGUAUUCCUAAAUAGAUGCAAAAAAGUGCUUUCCCAGGCUGGAUGGUUUAAAACCUCUCUGACAGAAGGAACCAAUGAAAGGUCAUCAAGAUCUUCUGAACAAAGAAUGAAGACCCUCGAAUCAUCAACAGUAAGGAAAUAG